UUGCAACCUGGAAAUUGGUCCCCCAACUUCCAUGCCAUCUGUGACCCCCAAGGCAAGCAUCUACCUACCUACCUUACCUCGACUGCAUGUGCUGCACAUCUGACCCCUCUACUUCAACAACCCCUGCCCAUCCAAUACAUACUUUUGCCAAAUACACCGUGGGCGUAAAAAAAACAACCAAGACACGAGAAUAAACCUCGAAACCUACCUAUCUACCCGAACUUACCUUACCUCCCUACCUACCUACCUAACCUAAGGUGCUCACUCAUCUACCUACAUACCUAGCCUAAAAUAUCUCCUUAUAUUUCUGCUGCUGUCCUUCAGCUUCUCAGCCCGCACUGGUACCAGUGUCGGCUCCCAGCUUCGCGGACACUAGCCUUGCCCCGCCCUGUCCGGCUGCCAGGCGCCGCCAGACAUGGAAGACGCCAGUAUGCAGCCCAUGCAGACGACCCCAGCCGAUGCAGAAGUCGCAUAUUCCUAUAUAACCCCAAUUGGCUAUAGCAGCUCGUCUGCCUGUGGCUACUGCCGCCGCAGUCGCAGUGGUCAGUCUCCAAAACGCUACUCCUACUACGCAUCAGCAUCAUCGCUGACCCCCAAAUUCUACCAAACCCUCAUAGACCGCUGCUGGAGACGGUCCGGGACUCUCCUGUACAGGCCCAACCAGAAGAACUCCUGUUGCCCCCACUACACUCUUAGACUUGAUUCGGACCACUUCAAAGCCGCCAAGGACCAACGUCAGGCCAUAAACCGUUUCAACAAAUACGUACUCGGCAAAACCUACUCCGAAGAAGCCGCCCGCCUCUAUCCCCUCUCGCGCCAAGAUGUCCGGAAGCGUGACAACGAGUUUGACCUGGUCCACAGGAUCCACGAGGCGGAGAGCCAACGGCUGAAGACUCCCCCGGAGCCGGCACAUCAGUUCACCGUCACGCUAGAACCAGACACGUUUACUGAAGAGAAGUACGCCAUCUUUGAGAAUUACCAGCGUAUCGUGCACAAGGAACCCCCUGAGAAGAUCUCUCGUAAUGGAUUCAAGAAGUUCUUGUGCAAUUCGCCGCUGAGGCGGGAGACUUUCAUCGAUACCGACGGCAAGAAACGUGAACUGGGCUCCUUCCACCACUGCUACCGUCUCGAUGGACAGCUGGUCGCAAUUGGAGUCCUCGACCUCCUUCCGAACUGCGUUAGUGCUGUGUACUUCCUCUACCACGACUCCGUCCAUACGCACAAUCCCGGAAAGGUCGGCGCUCUGAGGGAGAUUGCGUUGGCUGCCGAGGCGGGCUAUCGCUGGUGGUAUUCGGGUUACUACAUACAUAGCUGUGCCAAAAUGCGGUACAAGAUCGACUACUCUCCCCAGUACGUCUUGGAUCCCGAGGCCCUGACUUGGGACCUCCUGGAUAAGGACGCAUUGGCAAUCUUCGACAGACAGCCUUACGUCAGUUUGUCGAGAGAACGUCGCAGACUAGGACUCGAUGGAACCACGAGCACCGAGACUGCACACGAUUCGGCCCAGGAAACUAGUAGCAGCGACGACAGCGAAGUCGACGAGGAAGACUCGUUCUUGCUCAAGAGCGAUAUGCCAGGAAUCCCGUCCCUGGAACAGAUGCUCGAGGUUGAUAUGGAUGACCUCCUUCUCGUCUCGGACCACUCGCCUGCCUUGUUCCAUGCAUCCGACCUGGUUGUGUGGGAUACCGAAGGAGUGGACGAUUUCGGAUCUCUGAGAUCUAGGAUCGCAGAACUGGUUGCGGCAAUUGGGCCAGACCUGAUGAGCGAGUUCUGCCUCGACUUUCGACGACGGAAAUGACCACCGGGUUAGCAGGGCCAGUACUUUCUGGUUUGCCUCGGCUUAAAUGCCGUCUAGUGGAUACAUUCAACACUUCUUUCAAACCACCCCUGCUUAUUGGUGCUGGAGCUCCUGGAGUUCGGGGCACUUCGCGUUCUUUGGGCGGUAGAGGUUUGGAUGUAGCUGUCCAAGUCUGGUGAGAACACAGCUUAAGCCUAGAGAGAGCGUCAUGGAGUAUCUCAAUUUCUGGUAGAGUUCCCACCACGAAAUAUAGCGAUAAGACGGAAGUUGGGGGAAAUCGGGUGUUUCUGGCUUAGGUAGAGGUGUUUUUCGAGAGAAUAAUGAUCAUGCAUGGAGUUCAAGAUGCGAUGUUACCCCCGGGGUGAAUGUAGUCAUAUUUCCGAACCCCACACUUUCAGCCUCACCCCACCUCAGAUCUCACCCUUGCAUGUAGAAACGACUUUGGCC